ACAGUAACCCUAGGCUUAUUUGGAAACAAAAUGAAAAAAAAAAAAAACCCUAACAAAAUUUUGUGCCAGAAAGCGAGAGCAUUUCGUUGAACCUGCGUGUAAUCUUCUGUAGCAUAGCAUUGUCAUAACAGAAAAACUGAAUUUACUUCUUCCUUCAAUUAUUUUCCUUCUUUUUUUUUUUUUUAAAACGAAAAGCAACAAACUUUCAGCUUCCGAUCCAAUCACCUAAAAAAAGACGAUAUUUCAGCACAUUUGCUCUCUAAGUUUGUACGGUUUUUUCCUCUGUGUUCCUUAAAUGGGUGCUCCUAAGCAGAAAUGGACACCUGAAGAGGAGGCAGCAUUAAAAGCUGGAGUCAUCAAACAUGGGCCUGGAAAAUGGCGAACAAUAUUGAAAGAUCCUGAAUUCAGUGGUGUCUUGUAUCUGCGUUCCAACGUAGAUCUCAAGGAUAAAUGGAGAAAUAUGAGUGUGAUGGCAAAUGGAUGGGGUUCUCGAGACAAGGCUAGGUUAGCUGUAAAGAGGACAUCUAGCAUUCCUAAACAGGAGGAAAGUGCUAUGGCCCAUAGUGUUGUGCCAAGUGAUGAAGAAAUUGUGGAUGUUAAGCCCGUAUCAGUUUCCAGCACUUCAGUGCAGAUUCCAACUUCGACAAAGAGAUCCAUUGUCAGGUUAGAUAACCUUAUUAUGGAAGCGAUUACAAGCUUGAAGGAGCCUGGUGGUUCAAAUAAGACAAAUAUUACUGCAUAUAUAGAGGAGCAAUAUUGGGCACCUCCUGACUUUAAGAGGCUGUUGUCAGCAAAGUUAAAGUAUUUAACAGCAUGCGGUAGACUGAUUAAGGUCAAACGCAGGUAUAGGAUUGUCCCUGCUAUGUCAUUUUCAGACAGGAGAAGGAAUCAUUCCUUGCUAUUUUCACAGGGAAGGCAAAGGGUUUCUCCUCGAUUUGAUAGGGAUAAUUUCAAUAUCCUCACAAAGUCUCAAAUCGAUUUAGAGUUAGACAGGAUGAGGACUAUGACUCCACAAGAGGCUGCUGCAGCUGCUGCUCGAGCAGUUGCAGAAGCAGAAGCUGCAAUAGAAGAAGCUGAAGAAGCAGCAAGAGAGGCAGAGGUUGCAGAAGCUGAUGCAGAGGCAGCACAAGCUUUUGCAGAAGCAGCAAUGAAGACUUUAAAAGGAAGAAAUAAUCAGAAAGUGAUGGUUCGAGCUUGAUUUGAUAAAAUGAGCAACAAGGUGUUAUGAAGCAUGACAUUUUUGUAGCAGGCACUGAGUUAUCAUCCCUAUUUGUAAAUAUGGUGAAGGCCUUUUUGGGUGCAUACAUAUAUGAUUCGUCCUUGCCAGCAGAUCCUCUUGGAAUGGUAGAUUCUGUUAACAGCCAUUCUUGCUGCUGGUUUCAAAUGCAGUGAUUCUUCCUCUUUUUGUUUUUUGUUCUCUUCUAUGGGGAAUAUUCUGGAUUGUAGUUAAUAUUUAUUCAUUUCCAAAACAUCCGCACUAGGGAUGCUGGAAAACAUAGAAAUUAGAAUGUAUAGAGGGAUAGCGACAGUUUGUCUCCAUCUGGGAUAUAUUUUUUUGUAGUUUUCUGUGUUCUAUGCAUUUUCCUACUUUUUUGGGUAGAAAUGAAUCCAUUUUAAAUGGUUUGUUCUGGAUCUUCUGGUUAUGGUUUGGGGGAACUGUUGCAGGUUAGUAUUGAAUGCUGUGCUAGUUUCUUCAUGUAAUUAUACUGAAAAUUGGAAUGGAUUUUAAAGCAAUGUUGUUUUUGGACCAACAGGUUGAACUCGAACACGUAUAAUUGAAGCAUCAUUUAUCGUGGGGCUUCAAGAUAGAAAGUUAAAAUACAUUUACAGUUGUUCCGAAGUGUUAAUUAGACCGAGUGUAUCUAUCUACUCUACAAUUCUCCUUCUUCCGGAUUCAAAAGGAAGGGCGUGGGAUGGGAUUCGAUACUUGUUAGUACUAUGAUUUACAAGUGAAAAAGGACCCAAUCCAUGAUUUUCAUUCCUGAAUUUGUACCAAUGGGCAACAGCAGUCACUGGUACUACUAGUAUUUAAUUGCGAUUUAUAAUCCCUGUUUUAACAUUUGACAUCGGUCGCGAAAUCCAGCCUUGUAAUGGCCGGAACCGACCUCGAUCUUACCGGAUUUGGCCAAAAGAAUCCCUCUUCCUUCCUACCAAAAUAAUUUUACUCUUCAUUUUCCCUCUUUCUCACGUAAUUCGGUUUUUCCUAAGAAAAGCAACAAUUUUCCAUUUCCCAAUAAAUCAGAGGUAAAUGGAGACGAUUUUAAACGACAACGAAUCCUUGCUUGCUCGGAUCCAACACUUGGAACAUGGUUCGCUUUCGCUUAAAUUUCACCUUUGUCUCCGAAAAGGGUUUUUUUCCCAAAUAAAAUUAGAAAUAAAAAAUUAUUUUGAUUUGUAGAGCGUUAAGGAUUGCGUAAAGACAUUGAACAAUUGUGUAUGCUAUCUUGUUCGAAUGCAUUUUCAAACGUAUAAUUCUUUUCCAUAUCCCAUUUUUUAAAAAUUAAUGCCCUGCUAGGACAGCUGGAUUGGAGCAGGAGAUUGAGAACUUGAAAAAGAAAUUAGCUGCUUGCAACCGGAGGAGCUUUCCGAAGCUUAUCCAAUUAAAACUCAAUGGUAGACCUACAUCGUACUGAGGCUGCAAUGAAUGUGGAACCUGAGAAGCGGGUUAAGCUUUUCCAAGGCUGUGUGGCGGCUGCUUUUGCUGAACAGAGUCAUUUGAUAAUGGAGAUUAUUCCCAUAAUUCAUUUAAGACUGGCCUCUUGUUAUACUUGUAUCUUGUAUUAUAAGUGUUUUAUGCAUGUACAUGUAAUAUAAGGUUCCAAGAUUACACAUGGCUGGCAACAGGUUGAGAAGGCUAAGGAAAAGGAGGAGCUGAUGGCUCAGAAAUUUAAUGAGUUUCAGGCAAGGAAAGCAAUGAGAUGAAACAAGGGAAUGUUUUGGCUGAAGUUGCAGACAUAAAAAUUGUUACUUAUGAAAGAGAUGGAAGACUAAGAAA